AAGUAAAGCACAAAGAAAAACCUAACUUACUUGACCCGAACCAGUAUAAACAAAACGAAGAGAAGUGCAACAGUGUAAAACAAGAAACAGAACAACACAAAAAGCAUAACAAAACGGCAUCGUAUAAAGUAUAAACCCUCUCUCUCGUUUCACCUUCAUUUUCAAUUUCAAAAUUCAAUUUCAACACUCUCUCUGUAAACCCUAAAACCCUAAUUUCUUCAAUCAAUCCAAUGUCACCACGCACCGACGAAUUCGAACAGGAUAACACCGACCUCUCCGCCACCUCCUCCGAUGACGACGACGACGGUCUCAAAGAUGACAUGGCAGCUCUGGCACGCGCUUGUACAUUCACCGCCGAUGAAGACGAAAUUGAAGAAGUAGAAGAAGAUCCGCUUUUAUCCACCGGUGAUGCUAUUGUCCCUUUCACCGCCAACGAAGAUUCUGACCCCGAUGAUGAUCUAGAAUGUCUAAAGAGAGUUCAGAGUCUCUACAAACCUACGGGGAAUUCUGUUCCUUCGCCAUCGCCAGUGCCGAUGAUAGCUGCUGCGGCUGAUGAUGAUGAGGAUGAUGAAGAUGAUUUUGAAACUGUUCGCGCUAUUUUCAAACGGUUUUCUGCUUAUGAUGGAGGUGGAAAGGAAGCAUGGGCAGAGGGGGAUCAGGCCUCGAGUUUAAUGGAUGAGCAGGAUGUUGUCAAGAGCUCCAUUUCUGACAACUCAGAUGCCGGUGAAUUGUGUCCUGAUUCUCAAGACCCUGAGAAUAACAGCAAGUUGAAAUUUAUUAAGCCAUGUGGUGCUGACGAGACUUGUAAAAAUGAUGCGGGCUUGUCUUCUCAAUUACCGAAGAAAAGGUCAAGCUUUCCUCCAUCGGCCCAAGCUUUUAUUGAUGCGGUCAAGAAGAAUAGAGCUCUCCAGAAAUUUCUUAGAAGUAAGUUGAUUGAAAUUGAAGCAAAAAUUGGUGAAAACAAAAAGAUAAGGGACAAUGUUAAACUCCUUAAGGAUUUCCAGGUUUCAUGCAUUAGAAAAACGGGAAGUGCUUUUUCACUGAGAAAGGACCCGCGUGUGCAGUUAAUAUCAUCCAAAAAGCCUUCUGCAUCAAAUAAAUCAAAGAGCCAUAAUAAGAAAGCAUCUGCAAUGUGUUAUGGCCCAGACGAGAAUUCUCUUGUUGCUAACUAUAAGAUGGUAUUGGAAAGAUUUCCGCUUUCAUUGCCUAAGAAAAAAUGGUCGGAUAAGGAAAGGGAGAAUCUUUCGAAGGGAAUUAAGCAACAAUUCCAAGAAACGUUGCUUCAAAUUUCAGUAGAUAGAAUGAGUUCAGAGUGUUUACCUGGAGAUGCAAAUGACAUGGAUAACCUUAUUGAAUCAGUUAAAGGUCUUGAAAUCACACCAGCGAGGAUUAGAGAAUUUUUACCUAAAGUUAAUUGGGAUCGAUUGGCUUCUAUGUAUGCCACUGGCCGUACUGGUGCUGAAUGUGAAUCAAGGUGGUUGAAUUGUGAAGACCCUUUGAUCAACCAUGGCCCAUGGACUUGUGAAGAGGAUAAAUCUCUUUUGAUUAUUGUCCAAGAGAAGGGUAUCAGGAACUGGUUUGACAUUGCUGUAUCAUUGGCCACAAACAGGCUUCCAUUUCAAUGCUUGGCACGAUUUCAAAGGAGCUUAAAUCCUUCGAUUAUAAAUAGUGAAUGGACUGGGGAAGAAGAUGCUCAACUUCGUGAUGCUGUUGCAUGCUUUGGUCAGUGUGAUUGGCAGUCUGUAGCUACUUAUUUAGAACGGCGGACGGGAACCCAGUGCUCGAAUAGAUGGAAAAAAUCAAUUUGUCCUGUGAGGAAAGGGGCCUUUACCUCUGAGGAGGACGAACGCCUUACUGUAGCGGUCAUGCUGUUUGGACGGAAAUGGAAGCAAAUAGCCAAAUAUGUUCCUGGCCGGAUCCAAUCUCAGUGUAGGGACAGAUACCUUAAUAGUUUGGACCCUUCUUUGAAAUGGAGUGAAUGGACUACAGAAGAGGAUUCAAGAUUAGAAGCUGCAAUCACCAAACAUGGAUGUUGCUGGUCUAAGGUUGCUGAAGAUGUGACUCCCCGCACUGAUUGUCAAUGCCGGAAGAGAUGGAUGGUGUUACAUCCUGAACAAGCUCAUAUGCUUAAAGAAGCAAAAAAGAAGCAAAGGUCUCAGCUUUCCAGGAACUUUGUCGAUCGAGAAUCUGAGCGGCCAACCCUUGCAGUGAAUGACUUAAUUCCUUUACAAAUGGUAGUUCCACGAUCUGAUGUUGGUGCCGAAAAUCUCCGAAAGAAGCGGAAGAGAAAGUCGAGUCACCAGAAAGAGAGGUCCAAAAAACAUGCAAAAGAGGCUGGACUUUGUAUUGAGGAAGUACAAGAUGCAGAUCCCAAGAAAGAGAGGCCUAAAAGACAUGCAAAAAAGAAGGUACCAUUUUGUCCCGAGGAACAAGAUAUAGUUCCAAAGAAAGAGAGGCCUAAAAGACAUUCAAAAAAGGCUCGGAUUUGUCCUGAGGAAGGACAAUUUAUAGCAGCAUAUAGUGAUAAGAUGAAGACUUCUGCUCGAGGUGUUCCGUUGUUUGAGCAAAGCAAUGUUCACAAUAAUAUGAGAUCUAAAAGACAUGCUAAAAAGGCUCAAAUUCAUCUCAAGGAAGUAGAGAAUAUAGCAUUUAAUGACAAGGUCAAGACCUGUAGCAAGAUUUCAGAAAGUCAAGAUGGAGACGACAUCACACUUGCAUGCUGGCGCAACAAAUUAAAGAAGAAACUAUCUAAUUGUACCAAAAAUGCGAGCCAGACUUCGUCUUUCUCUAUGCCAAAAAUUGUAUCUAAGCAGGUUGGAAAUCAAAUCCCAUCUAAUGAGCAAGACGGAUUGUCUCUUACAUGUGGUACUGGUGGAACUGAAGAUUUGUUAAUCCAAACGGAAGUUGAUUCUAGUGAACAGGUGAGAAAACCAGAAAGUGAAAAUGCAGCUAGAAAACCAGAGGAUGCACAUAAUAUGAAUGGUGAUGGCAAUGAUAAGCCUCUUCAGGUCUAUGUGAGAAGGAAAACAAAGAAAUGGAGUGAAGAUACUGAAGGAUGCCGUGCUUGCUCUCCUUCCAAAUUGAAAAAGGGAUCUAUGUUACUCCAUGGAAACAAGCCAGCCAUCAUUUCUGAUGGCAGUGAACCAUCCAUGUCAAAAGUUGUUGUAGAGGAGACUGUUUUACAUGGUGGUGUGGCUGAAGCCGAACCCACGAACAUCAAUGUCGUUGAAGAGGAGACUGAUCUGCAUGGUAGUGUUGCUGAUGCUGAACCCACAAACAUCAAUGUGGAAGAAAAUGAUGAUGACCUUCCUCUUUCCUUCUUGCAAAACAAGACAAGGAGGCGAAAAAGACGGCACACUAUUCAGAUAUGAAGUUGUUGCUCAUGAUCCAAUUCAUGUAAGUUGGUAAACCUGUUUAUUUUCCAAAUCAUAGGUAUGUAAAAAUACAAAACAGUUUCUUUAAACAUGUACUCGGAAAUUGUGGAAUGGCCAAGCCAUAUCAUAAGGGAAUACUAGAUGGGUAAUUUCCAACCCAAUAUAGCCAUGAUCAUGAAUUAGACCCAGAUUGCCUGUAGUAGAAGAAAGGUCAUCGCCUGGAUUGUGCGUGAAGGCAGUUGCAGGAAUCUGAAUUAGAAGAGGGCUUAGUUAGUUAUGAGAUUUAAGAAGCAUGCCAAUGGAAUUUUGUUGAGCUUUGACCUGUAUAGACACGUUUUCGGCCUAGACUAAUUUAUGCAGCUGUUUGGCUGCUAGAAUUUUGUAAUCUUGAAAUGUGAGUUACAUUUUUAGUUACAAUACACUAACAAACUUUAAGAAACUAUAUGCAUGCAUGUGAUAGUUUUGUCAUCACAAUUCAGAAAUAUAAUCAAAUUAGACAUCAAAA